AGUCCUUAUGGUUACAGACCAUUUGACAACUUCACAUUCACACCAGAUUCCAAUCCUUGCUACGGAUAUACUGAAAUGCCACGGAAAGCGACAACCAUCCUGAUGGUCGGUGUUGUGUUUGCUGGGUUCCUGCUUUUCCAGAAUCUGGUGAGACGCUCAGUGAAUGGCAAUGUCCACCAGAUGGUUAAGACAAUAAAGAAGGAGGGCAGCGUUCCUCUCAGAAGCAGUUUAAACAAGGCCAUACAGCUUCAAAAAACGGGAUCGCUGGAAGCUGCCUUGCCAGAAGGUCAUAGGAGUGUUGCCAAUGUUGACGAAAAUGACGAUUCUCCUCUAAAAACUAUUCGCAAAGAAGGACACGUUGUCCUUCCGUCUAAGGAUGAGAUUGAGAGAAUGUCAACCGAGGAAGCCUUUCGAACAUAUCACAGUUACCUUGACAACGUCGACUCGAUAUGCAACCGGAAGCUGCGGAUGGGAAAGAUAGGUGACGGAGGAUGGGAGAUAUGCGACGAUAAGCAGUACCGUCCUGUAAAACCUUGUAUUGUUUACUCAUUUGGCAUGACCCAGGCCAGUUACAAGAGGUCCCGCCAUGUUCAGUUUCUAAAGAUGGGGAUAAGUGGGACUGACUCACAAGGAGGAUGGGAACUGCACACACUUACGACUUUCAAGAAAAUGCUAAACCACACAGGGAAGGUGAUAGAUGUCCUCAAGGCCGACGUGGAGAACGCCGAGUGGGCUUCACUGACGGAAAUGACCUCAUCUGGGGAGCUCGUGCACGUCAAGCAGCUGCUGAUAGAAUACCAUGGGGAUUGCCGUAAUAGACAUCAAUGCAUAAACAACUUAAAGAUCUUGAAAGACGUCCAUGACAUUGGGUUCAGAAAGUUUUAUGUCCACAAAAACAUUCAUUGUUCGUUUAGAUCUGCUCUGUUCCCUGUGAUUAGGACAAGUUGCUAUGAAGUUCAUUAUGUCAACAUGAACGCAGUACAUUCGUAGAACUUUUAUCUCGACUGAUCAUCAAGCUAAAUACAGGUAAAAAAAAUUCGGUAAAAUUUAUCGUCGCAUCGGCAUUGUUUCAGUAAUAUAGCGACGAGAACAGGUUUACACAUAUACACAAAUCCAUAGUUUCGCAAAGUUACACUCAAAAGCAAGUUUUGAAAUAUAUAUUUGUACAUCACAAUAUUGUCUAUUUACACUUGAGAACACGGGCUGGUAUGAUGAGACUAUUAUUUCACUAUCAGUAGUAUAAUCUAAGAAUAUUUUUUCAUGUGUGCGUGUUACCAUUAAAUAACAAUUUAUAGCC